AUGGGUUGCUGCGCUUCCAAGCUCUCCCGCGGCGGCAACGUCGACCUCGACAAGCCCGGCUCCAACAACCUCGAAAUGAUGCACAUCUUCGACCGCUCCGCCACCGCCACCGCCGCCGCCGCCGCCCCUCCUCCCCCACGCGGACCCGAGCCCGCCGCCGAGUGCGUUCGCCACCACCGCCGCCGCGACGACGAGGCCUUUGCCGAGUGGGAGGAGUGGUGGCGGGGGGUCACCGUCGCCCGCGCGGCGCGCGUCCGCGCGUACACCCUCGCGGAGCGCCUGGCCGGCCGCUGGGACAGCCACGUCGCCAAGACGCGCUGCGCGAUGGGCGUGCCGGGCUGCACGUGCUACCGGGGCGUGGACGAGGGGCCGUUUUGGAGGGACGGGGUGGCGCCGGGGACGGGGUAUCGCUGCUACGGCAUCGUAGAGCGCGAGAUGGAGGGGAUCCUCGGGCCGGCUCCGGUUCGCGAGUGA